AUGUCCAAAAGAGGCCUCAGUCCAGAAGAGAAACAGAUGAGGACCCUCGAAUUCUUUCACGAAAAUGAUAGCUUCUUUACUCUCAAGGACCUUGUCAAGCUGGUCCCCAAGGCCAAAGGUGUCGUCGCUCAGAGCGUCGAAGAGACUGUCAAAAGUUUGGUAGAUGAUGGGAUGGUCCACGUAGAGAAAGUCGGUACCGUCAAUCUCUUCUGGAGUUUUUCGUCCGAGGCAAGUUUAGCUACCUCGCGUGCGUUAACCGGUCUCAAAUCUGAGCGUGACCGAUUGGAGAAGGAGAGAGGUGAACUCCAGACAGCCCUGGACAAGUCAGCCGCAGAUCGGUUGGCCAGUGAAGAACGCGAGAGCGAUCUCCGAGAAAUUGAAGUUUUAAGACAAGAUAUUGCAGAGAUGAAAGCCAAACUGAAAGUGCAAAGUAGCAACGAUCCACAAGUUUUCGAGGAAAAGAUGAGAUUAUGUCAACUUUACAAGAGCGGGGCGGAAGUCUGGACAGAAAAUCUGUCGAUGAUGAUGAGCUAUUGUCGGAACGAAUAUCAAAUCGAUCGGCAGAAAUUUUGUGCACAAUUCGAACUGGCCGAAGAUUUUGAGGAAGCUCUGGACAGAAUCGAGCGUGUUGAAGGUCGACAAGACUAG